CUUUAAAACAGUAUUUCCAAAUCUUAACUGUUUCCUGAAACAAUAAAUAAAGAUUAGUUUAGAAAAAACAAUAAUUUGAUCAAAACAAUAAACAGGAGCAUAAUGUGAUGGAAUAAUGAUUACCCAAGUGUCUUAGAUUUCAAAUCAUGUUACAGUAAACAAAAUCUUCCAUUAUUUUCUCUAAUAUAAGAAAUAACAUUAGAUAAAGAGAUUAUUCCAGGCUCAAGCUGAAGUUCAUUACUAUUUCUAUAAACAGGUGUUCCUAUUUACAGGCUCCAGAUACAUACCCUCCUACAUUCACUGAACAGCUUUGUUUUUGGGCAGUAUUGAAAAAGAUUCAUUUAAUAAAGUCACAAAAAAGAGAAUAAAUACUGAGAAAAUCAUUAAAGAAAGUGGAAUCUGUUUUAAGUUCACUCUCAUAAUCUUUAGUAUUGACGUCAGGCUGUCUGUGCUCUCAGCACCACAUCAUGAUAAAGAACAGUCAAUAACUUGUCUGACUUGUCACAUCAGGUGGACUAACCUCUGCCUCCAUCUAGUGGAAUUUGUAAACAAACACACAUCUUUAAGCACUCCUAGUUUAAAGGGGAAUGCCACCAAUUUUACACAUCAAAGUCUUGUUUCCAGGUGCUGGAGGACUACUAUGAAAAAAGUUGUAUGAAGCAUUUUGUGUCUUCAGAGGGAGCCGCAUGAAAUGACUCAACAAUGACAGAAAAGUGACUAGUUUAUCGAUUCCUGGUGGUUUCUAAACAGCAACUAAUCAGCUUACUUAAGAUAAAGUGACACAACAAUCAAAUGACCGAUCUGUUGGACCCUGAUCACACUGACCCCAAGUUACUCAUGUAACCCCCUCCUAAUUCUUAGACCAGUUCCCAGAUCUUUGCCUCUGCUGGACAAUGCCCUUGUUGCUAUAGUGUGUAUAGUCAGAGAUAAGGCCUGAGACAGACUAUUGGGCCACACUCUCUCCAGACAAAUAUUACAAACAUGCUGAUGAUGAUGGUUAGAGUUCAGAGGGGGAUUAACAUGUCAUAGGGGCAGACACACCCACAAAGAUGGGGUCUAUAUAGAGAUUCUCUGCUCUCAAUUUAUGGAGGUAUAGUGAGCGGAGACAACAUGUCAUCUAUCACAAAGCAGCUGUCUUCCAUCAGCUGUGCAGGUAAGUUACCACUUACAUGUCUUUCUUUCUUUUUUAUUCUUUCUUUCUCUUGAGCAUAACCUAUCCUUCCUCCUCGUUUGUUUCUCCAGGCAGGAGGCCAUCUCCUUCCUUUCCUGAGAUCAGACUAGUUUUGCUUGGGAAAACCGGCAGCGGCAAAAGUGCCACCGCCAACUCCAUCUUGGGCCGUAAGGUCUUUGACUCAAAGGUCAGCAGCUCUUCGGUCACCCAGCGUUGUCGCAGGGCCACAGGGGAUUAUCGUGGGCGUCACCUGAUGCUCCUGGACACCCCUGGGCUGCUGGACACUCAUCAGACUCCACAGGAGGUGCAGAAGGAGCUGAGGAGGAGUGUUAGCCUCCUGUACCCCGGGCCUCAUGUGUUCCUCCUUGUUAUUCAGAUCGGGAGGUUCACUCAGGAGGAGAGGGAGGUGGUGCGGCAGAUCAAACAGGCGAUGGGCGCUCAUGCUUUGAGUUUCUCAGUGGUGGUUUUCACCCAUGGAGACCUUCUGGAAGAAGGGACAUCUGUGAAGCAGUGUCUGAUAGACGAGUGCAGUGACCUGGCUGAGCUGGUAGCUGGGUGUGGGGGCAGGUAUUGUGUCUUCAGCAACCAUAGCUCCAAGAACAAGGAGCAGGUGUCUGAGCUGCUCACCUUGGUGGAUGGCAUGAUGCAGGGUAACGAUGGAAGCUAUUACACCAGCAAGAUUCUCCAGAAAGCAGAGGAGGAUCUGGUUCUAAAAGAGUGGUAUGAAAGAGAGCUGGAAAUUGUUUGCCAAAAAAGCAGCAGGGAGGUGGAGGAGCUGAAGAGAAAGCAGGAGCUGGAGAGGCAGCAUGAGGAGAAACUAGCGAGAGAUCGAGAGGACGCCUUCAGACGACAGAUGGAGGAAAAUGACAAGAGAGAGAAGGAGAGGAAGAUACAAGAGAUGGUGAGAGUGAUGGAGAUACGUAGAGAGGAGGAGGAGAAGAGGGAAGCUCUUCAAGAAAAGCUUGACAAAAUUACUAACAUACUGGAGGAGCAGACUGAGCGGGAGGAGAAAAUGAGAAGAGCAAUGGAGGAGAAGGUGCAAAAAGACAGAGCAGAAAACCAGAAGAAAGAGAGAGAGAGGGAACUUCAGCAACUACAGAGGGAGCAGGCCAUCAGGCUGAGGGAGGAAAUGAAGAGGGACGCUUUGCAGAACGAGCUGGAUCAACUCACCCAGAAGCUGGAGGAGGAAAGCAGGAUGAAGGAGGAGAGCAAAAAGCAAAUGGAGGACAUGCUCAGACACGAGAGAGACGAGAAUCAGAGAGAAAGGGAUAUACAAAUGGAGAAUCAGAGGGCAGAGAAAAGGAGAACUGAGGCCCUGAAGCAGGAGCUAAAGGUCAUCAAAAUGAAGAUAGAGCAACAAAAUGCAAGAGAAGAAAACCUCAAGCGACAGCUGGAGGAGAGCCUACGGAGACAAAAGUGUGACAAAGAAAUCUCCACCUUGAAAAAGCAGCGCGACACAAAGUGUUUGGAGGCGUGCAACGGGACGAUCAAGAAGAAGUCUGCAGAGAAACACAGCACAGUGACAGCUGUGACUGGAUAUGUGCAAGAGAUGGGACUAAUGGGGCUGAAUGCAGCUUUAGAAAGUGUUGGAGCUCCCUGUUGUAUUCAGUAACAGCAUUGACAUUUCUAGUAUAUUUAUUAUUUUACAUUUACUGCAUGUCAGAACCAACUGUAUGAAUGUUUGAGCUGUGAUCUUAAUUAUAUAAUAUCCUGUGACUUGAUUGAUGAUGAAAUGAUUUGUUAUUAGAUUCAACCAUUAACUGACGGUAAGGAAAAGAAAGGGAAUUAAUGCCCAUGUGAAAGCAAUUUCAUUUCAACAAAUGGAUGUAAUUCCAGUGUGUCCUAAAUCAGCAAAUGCACAAAAAUAGUACAAACUCUCAAAAAUGAUGGAGAUAAUCUGAUUAUCAGCUCCCCACCCUCUGCUUCAGUCUGUCCGUCUCUGUCUCCAUCAUCUAAAUCUGUAUUCAAACAAAAACCCUGUUGCCAUUAAUAAAGACCAAAA